UCCUGCUGUAGGGGCGUGUUCAGCUAGCGGCUCAGACUAUACUAACUUUAGCAAACUGAUAAGUAACAGCAAACUCCGAUUGCGGACAUAUAUUUGCACACCGACACGCGGAUGAAAAUCUGGGCAUUGAUUAAAUAAGUGUGUGUGUCUGUUUGUCUGUCUCUGUCUGUCAGUGAUGGAAGGAGAGGGCGAGGACUCUCUGGACCUGAGUCACCUGACAGAUGCUGAGCAGGCCGCCAUCUUGGAAGUGUUGCUGCGAGACGACGAGCUUCGUCGCUGUGAGGAGGGGCGCGUAAGGAGUCUCCGUGAGAAAGAGGCGGACCCUGCGCUUCUGCGGACUCUGUCGGGGGCGUGGUUCAGCGAGGAGAGGAGCAAACGCCACCGCAACACCAAGCAGGGCUGCGACCUGGUGCAGUCCUCCAUCCGGCACCGGAGGUCCAAGACGAGAGAUGUGGCUCUGAGUGACAUAUUCAACGGAGCAAACGAGGAAGUCCGACCCGGUAGCCCUGGCAACAGCCCCUCCCCUCGGGCAGAGGGGAGACCAGGGGAGGACUCCACAGAAGAGACGGAAGAGGAGGUGAUCGAACAGGAUCCGGCCAGUCUUAUUCCCCUACCUGCGCCCAGAACGAGGAACCUGCACACACAGGAUAGUAACACCAUCUCGUCAUCCACAGAUAUACAACUUCCACUAGAUUAUGCCAGCAGACGUAAUGGCCACAAAGAGGAAGACAGAUGGGGAGACUCUGACGAGGACACAGACUCUGUAUCCAGCGAUGUGACUGAAGCUGAUCCAACCCCUCUAAGACCCAGCAGCUCUGUCAGUAGUCUGCAGUCCAACAACAUGCUGAACGGCAGCAUGAUGAGUCUGUUUACCUCCGGGGAGUUUGGGGCUGUGGAGGUGAGGGGGCGGAUCUUAUUCUCACUGCUGUACGACAAGCAGAAGGAGGAGCUAAAGGUCAAAGUUUGUUGCUGUGAAGACCUCGCCCCGGCACGCAAGAACCGCUCCGACCCGUAUGUGAAGGCCUAUCUUCUGCCUGACAAGUCAUACCACAGUAAGAAGAAAACUUCAGUGAGAAAGAAGACACUAAACCCCGUGUAUGACCAGACUCUGAAAUAUAAGGUGCGCGUGGGAGACCUCCGAUGCCGUACUCUGAACCUGUCUGUGUGGCACGCUGUGCCCAUGGGGAGGAACAUGUUUUUGGGGGAGGUUGAGCUGAGCCUUGGCCACUGGGACUGGACCUCCACGCAACCCCUCUGGCAAGACCUUCAACCACGCGUUCAGUUGACUCCAGACUCACUUAGUAGUCGAGGGACCAUCUUCCUCUCCAUAAAGUUCUCACCAGCAGGAUCUGAGGAUGGUGGCAUGCCGCUGACGGGGGAAGUGCAUAUUUGGCUGCGGGAGGCGCAGGGUCUCCUGUCCACCAAAGGGGGCACUGUGGACUCCUACGUCAAGAGCUACGUGCUGCCAGACGCUAGUCGGUCGAGCGGUCAGAAGACACGCGUGGUCAAGCGGUCCAUCAGCCCGACAUACAACCACACCAUGGUGUAUGACGGCUUUCAGUCGGCGGACCUGAGAGAAGCGUGCACUGAGCUGAUCGUCUGGCAGCGUGACGGGUUGAAGACACACGUGCUCGGAGGGGUCAGACUCAGCCUCGGGACGGGUCAGAGCUAUGGAGAGGCAGUGUGUUGGAUGGACUCCACCGAGGAGGAGAGGAAGUUAUGGACCUCCAUGAUCAAGAACCCCAACCACUGGAUGGAGGCCACGCUACCCAUCAGAACAAACCUAACACAACGACCAGAGUGAUGCUAACGCACAGGAUAACCCAUCUGAAAUCACACCCCUUUAUCUGACAGGACCAGGCCUGUUGAUGCAUGGCCUGAUAUCGCACACAUAUACUUGACAAAAACACACACAAAAAGUUUGAGUUUUGCUAGGGUGUCUUAGGUUAGAAUGUAGAUAGCCCUUGGGUACAGCAGUUGUUGACCAAAAGCUCAUCGGUCAAUAAACACUUUUUUGAUUGUUUGCUGAAGUCGCAGUGAUCUGUCUACUGUAAGGACAGUCAAGGAACACAUUAGAGGUAGGCCUACUGUAACUGUCGGAGUUAGUAAUGCUAUGAGGUAAUCUGUGAGUUUUCUAUCAGAGCCUGAUGUCAAAACGACCACAUUAAUCAACCAGUUUGACUUGGAGCAUAAUAGUAUUGUA